AUUGAUCUUACAUCUGAUAAGCCUCAACUGAGCCCAUGGCUACAGUUUGUACUUAGUUUAAAACAAAGAGAUCAUGUCAGGAACCUUUAGGCCGUCAAGGUUAGGGCCUCCUCCUAAGAAUCCGUUUUCUCAGCACUUUUCUAAUGAGUCGUUAAACCACAUCCCAAUUGGUGAAAAAUCACUAGAGGAUAAUGAAGAUGGUGCAGAUGAAGAUGAAGAUGAAUAUGAAUAUGAAGAUGAAGAAUUAGAAAAUGAACAUGUUGCAGCCUAUUUAUCAAAUCUUAAACAGAAGCUUCGACCUACCCAUUCGAGAUCAAAGAUAUUCCCCCAUCGAUUCAAGAUUGUUGCACGACUAUCUAUAUUACUGAUAAUUAUUCUUAUUGUUGGUUAUGUAUUAAUCAACAGAAUUCUGGCUCAUGUAAGAACGCGUCAAUUCGAUCCAUAUUGGGUUGAUGAUAUUGAUACUCAUCAGUAUAGUUAUAAAGAUGAUAUUGAAUCAAUCAAUUUACAAGAUUCUAAUGAGAAGUUACGAAUUAGUGAAAAAAUUAUAUCUUCAAGAUUAGAUGCACCUUUUCAAUUAGGUUGUUCAAUACCUGAUACUUCUCAACCUCGAGCUAAUGCAGCAUUUGUAGUAUUGGCUCGUAAUUCAGAGGUUGAAAAUGUUGUAAAAUCAAUGAAAUCUUUAGAACGUCAUUUCAAUCAAUGGUAUAAUUAUCCAUGGAUAUUUUUAAAUGAUGAAGAAUUCAAUGAUAAUUUUAAACAAACAGUAUCUAAAUAUACUGCUUCUAAAAUUGAAUUUGGAACUAUACCUGCCGAUAAAUGGAAUUUUAAUCCUAAUAUUAAUAAAGAAGAAUUUAAUGAAUAUAUUAAUGGUCAAGGUGAUAGAGGAAUUAUGUAUGGGAAUUUAGAAUCAUAUCAUAAAAUGUGUAGAUUUUAUUCGGGAUUCUUCUACAAACAUGAAUUAGUUAAAAAAUUAGAUUGGUAUUGGAGAGUUGAACCUGAUGUUGAAUUUUAUUGUGAUAUUACUUAUGAUCCAUUUAUUGAGAUGGAGAAGAGAGGCAAAGUUUAUGGAUUUACAGUUAUGAUUCAUGAACUAUAUUAUACAGUUCCUGGUUUAUUUCGAGAGACAAAGGCAUUCAUUAAAAAAUCUAAACUUCGAGUAGGAACAGCUUGGGAUUUAUUUAUCCAUAAUUCUAAAUUCACUAGAGGUAAGAAUUCUAAAGAUUAUGAUAAUAUUAGAACCAAACAUGAAAUUCUUAAGGAAUUAGAAGAGAAUAUUAAUAUUGAGAAAUUUCUUAAAUUGAAUAAAAAGAAAGAUAAACAUGUUAAACGAUUUAAUCCUGAAUUAAUAAAGAAAUUAAGUAGAAAUGCUUAUAAAAAACCUAAUUUAUAUGAAGAUAGAAUUGAUAGAGAGGAAUAUAACUUAUGUCAUUUUUGGUCUAAUUUUGAAAUUGCUAGAACUAGUAUAUUUACAUCUCCUGAAUAUGAAAAUUAUUUUAAUUAUUUAGAACGAAGUGGAGGAUUUUAUAAAGAAAGAUGGGGGGAUGCACCUAUACAUUCAUUAGCAGUUGGAAUGAUGUUAGAUUUAAAAGAUAUUCAUUAUUUUCGAGAUAUUGGAUAUAGACAUAGUACAUUAGGUCAUUGUCCUGGAAAUUCUAAAAAGAAUCAAUUAAGAUAUAAAAGUAGUGAUACUUAUACAGGAUAUCAAGAAGAUUCAUAUUGGUUAAGUCCUGAUAAGCCUACUAAUAAUGGAGUUGGAUGUCGUUGUAGAUGUCCUAGUGGAUUUAAAGAUAUUGAAGAUAGUUCAUCCGGAUGUAUUAAUUUAUGGCGAGAAUUUACUAGUGAUAGUUUUGCAACCUUUGAACCAGUAAAUCUUGAUGAAUGGGAAUCUAAACUUAAUAAAGAAGUUAGUGACUAUAUACUGAGGGGUGGAGAUUAUGGAUAUAGUAAUAUUAUAGAGAAAUUACAUAAUGCAAACCAAUUAUAGAUUUACAAAUAGUUAUUAAUUAUGAUAAUAAUAAUAAUAAUA